AUGGUAGCCAUUGUAAUUUAUAUUUUUCUAUUACCUCUAAUGAACACAUUUCCAACUUCUUUGAUAACAAAUUCUGCAGACAACAAUAAUAACUUGAUGCAGAAUUCUACUGAUUUGCAUGAGACCACCACAGUAUUGAUUACUGAAAUGAAAGAAACAGAAACGACAAGUUCAAGCAAUACGACUGUACCAUAUUACGAAUAUAAUUACGCUUCAGCUGGAAAUCCAAUGUUCUCCAGCAGCGCCAUUGUUUGCAUGGUAUUUGCCGUUCUUGUUUUCAUCGGCUGUGUUUAUCCAUUGAAAUGUUGUAAGAAUGUACAUUUGGAAGCGAGCAAAGUCUGGAUCGAAGACUAUAAACUUUACAUUUGA